AUGCGCUUUUCUCUUCUGUCCCCGCCUCCGGAAAGGUUGCCCAUCUACGCCUUCAGAUUUCGAGUUACAAGAACAUCUUCUCACACUCCCCUGGGUGGGUCUGACAUCCGUACUUUGUUUCUAUCGACCGAUUAUAUGCAUGCUCCACAUCUCGCAAAUCUUCCGAGGGAGUACAAUGAUGAAGCGAGCGCCUUGCCGUACGCCAGAGAUUUUCUUGAAGACCAGUGCCUGCGCUUGGAAGCAAACCCGAGCGUUCCUCAUGUUGAGCGCUCAGAUUUCGCACCAAUAUACCACCUCCAAUCCCACUUCGCAGUCGCCCAUGAUACCAUCUAUAAAGGCAAAACGAUACAUCUGAUAUUGCAUGAUGAUUAUCCCCGUUUACCAUCAGAGGAUGUCCCGCAGUUUGUCGAUGAUAUCUCAGAUGUCGCGAUGUUGACCUGUAGCGUCCUCGGUCAAGAAGCGAUCCGCCUCCGCCGUCUCGAGGUGGUUACGGAUCUAAACGAUGUAUACGAAGCUAACAAGGCUCGACGUUGUUCUCUAUCUCAGACUGCCCACACUGAGAGACUAGAAGUAAAAUUCCGAACCCACGAUGUGCCUAACGGAGACGGAACGCAGCCGACUGUUUCCUAG